AUGCAACAAGAAGUGGAAAAGCCCUCCCAGGGACCUCAGUCUCAAUAUCAACAGGGGCAUCAGAUUCCCAUUGAGCAUCACAAAAAGCCUGGCGUACAGGCUGAGAUGGAAGAUCCAAAGCCCACCUCAAGCCAAAUUCCAACAGAAGAUAAUGGGUACCAGACCUACAAAGCUGCGGGGAAGCUUUCGGGGAAGAAAGCCAUUAUCACUGGUGGUGAUUCGGGGAUCGGUCGUGCAGUUGCUAUUCUCUUUGCUAUGGAAGGGGCGUCGAGCCUCAUUACUUACUUACCAGAGGAAGAAAAGGAUGCGCAGGAGACAAAAAGACGAGUGGAGAAAAUUGGACAAAGCUGUCUUUGCUUCGCGACCGACCUUCGGGGUAAAGAAAACUGCAAAAAGGUGGUAGACAAAGCCCUAGAGAAUUGGGACAGCAUUGACAUUCUAGUCAACAAUGCUGGUACUCAGACGAUGAUUGAAGAUAUCAAAGAUUUGGAUGAGGCCCAAUGGGAAAGCACAUUUGACACCAACAUACAUUCUAUAUUCUACAUCUCAAAGUACAGUCUUCCUCACAUGAAGAGCGGCUCGACGAUAAUCAACUGUGCUUCUGUGAAUCACUAUAUUGGUCGACCUGAUCUUCUCGACUAUUCAGCAACAAAGGGAGCUGUAGUUGCCUUUACCAGGGGACUAUCUAAUCAACAAGUGAAGAAUGGAAUUAGGGUGAACUGUGUGUGUCCUGGACCAAUCUGGACCCCUCUGAUUCCAGCAACCAUGAAUUCCUCAGCCCAGGAGCAGUUUAGCGGCACGCCGAUGGGUCGUCCAGGACAACCCAGUGAGGUUGCAACAUGUUUCGUUUUCCUCGCUAGCCAGGAUAGUAGCUUUAUCUCAGGUCAAAGCUUGCAUCCUAACGGAGGAGUAGUUAUCAAUGGCUAG